AUGGCGGCCGCGGGAGAUGACUGUCACUACGGCUUGCCUGGCGUGUCGAAAUGUGCACGUCAAGUUCUAGAUCCUUUCAUUCUCGACGAUGCCCUCACCUUCGGUCUUUGCCCUGCGCCAGGGCCGCACUGGCAAUAUGGUGCGUGGUGCGAACGAGGCUGGACUUUCCAGGAGACAUACCUUUCAAGGCGGCGCUUGUUCUCCGACGGCCUCAACGCUUUUCUUGGGUUGGCAAACGCCAUGCAAGACCUCCAUCUCCCUAUCUACAAUGUAGCCGGUGUUCCUUUCUUGGUGGGCAACAACUUGAAGCGUACCAACAGAGACUACUGGGCCGAGACCUCUUUCUCUUUGGACUUGCGUGGUUUUCAGUCAAUGGGAUGGACAGGUCUGACCAACAAUAUGCUGUCGACGGUAGAUUCCCGUCCUGGAGUUGGGGCAAUGUCAAGUUAUGGCAUAUUCGUCAUUCUAACCCUAGGCCUUCUCCCAAGACUCAUAGGCCGUCUGGAAAAGGGCCGGAAACCGGUUUCAGCAAGCACGAUGCCCGACUACGAGACAUACAAAUCGAGUUCGCCUCCGACGGUAGUAAUCAGGUGA